AUGGAAGAAACAUACGAUGCUAUAGUCUUGGGAACCGGACUCACAGAAUGUAUCAUUUCUGGCCUGCUGUCCGCCCACGGCAAGAAAGUAUUGCAUUUAGACCGCAACAAUUUUUAUGGAGGCGAAACAGCAUCAUUAAACUUGACCAAUCUUUAUAGAGUUUUCUACCCAGGCACAGAACCUCCUGCAGAACUUGGAGCUAACAGAGAAUGGAACGUCGACCUCAUCCCUAAGUUUACUAUGGCCAAUGGCAAACUCGUCAAGCUCAUUCUUCAUACAGAGACUGUCGCCAAUAAUUUGGAAUGGAAAUGUGUCGACGGCUCCUAUGUUAUGCAAGUCUCAGCUGGCGGCGUCUUUUCAAAGGCUAAAGCCAAGGUUCACAAAGUCCCUGCCACAGACUCUGAAGCCCUCAAAAGCGACCUUAUGGGGCUCUUUGAGAAGCGAAGAUGCAAGAAAUUCUUCAAAUUCGUCCAAAACUACGAGCCAAAUGACCCAGCGACUCACAAAAACAUGAACUUGCAGAGGCAGCCAGGCAGAGAACUGUUCGCUGCGUUUGGGCUGGAAGAAAACACUAUUGAUUUUAUAGGCCACGCGGUUGCGCUUUAUACUAGUGAUGCCUUUUUGGACCAGCCAAGCCACGAUUUGAUAAUGAAAGCUAAGCUGUACAUGGACAGCAUUGGGCUGUAUGGGAAUUCUCCUUUCUUAUACCCAGUCUACGGUAUUGGUGGUAUCGCUGAAGGGUUUUCUAGACUUUCUGCUAUAUACGGAGGCACUUAUAUGCUGAACAAGCCAAUUGACGAAAUCCUAUUUGGAGAAGAUGGAAAAGUCUGUGGGGUCAGAGCUGAAGGUGAAGUGGCUAGAGCUCCAUUGAUUUUAUGUGACCCUUCUUAUGUGUUAAACCUCAAUAAAGCAAGAUCUACAGGAAGAGUCAUCAGAGCUAUCUGCAUCCUCAAUCAUCCGGUUCCUAAUAGUGAUAAUGCUCCUUCAGGCCAAAUUAUAAUCCCACAACGCCAAGUAGGACGACGCAAUGAUAUUUACGUUUCCUUUAUGUCCAGCUCUCACUGUGUCUGUUCUGAAGGCUAUUAUAUCGCAAUCUGCAGUACCAGUGUCGAAACUGACGCCCCAGAAGCCGAACUACAGCCAGCUUACCAACUUAUAGGAGAUGUUCUUGUAUCUUUCAUUAAAGUUUAUGAUACCUUUGAGCCUACAGAAGACGGAAGAGCUGACAAUUUAUUCGUUAGCAAAUCUUAUGACGCCACCUCACACUUUGAAAGCGCAUGCGAUGACGUGCUGAACCUUUGGGAAAGAAUGAUGGGCGAGCCUAUCAACCUAGAAACAACCCUCAGGCCUCAAGUGGCUCAGCCUCAACAAGUAGAUAGUUAA